UUCAGUUAAUUUUUCCCGUGAAAAGAAGUGGUUACCAGGCGGAUUUUAGUCACUUACAUAGUUUGUCUUCGAACUUGUUUUCCCCCCUUCCUGAGGAACAAUGAGCGGCUUCGCGCGCCUAAGCUACUGCCUAUUCGCGGCCCUCCUCGCGAGCGGCCCGUUAGCGCGAGUGGUGCGCGCCUCGUCCGACUUGGCGCCAAAGCCGAUCCGCUGCGCGCCCUGCACGCCCGAGAGGCUGCGCGAGUGCCCGCCGGUGGCUCCCGAGUGUGCGGACGUGCAGCGCGAGCCGGGCUGCGGCUGCUGCAGCGUGUGCGCGCUAAGCAAAGGCGAGCGCUGCGGCGUGUACACGGCGCACUGCGGGAUCGGGCUACGCUGCACCCCGGAGCCCAACGACCCGCGGCCUAUCCACACGCUCAUCCACGGACAGGCCAUAUGCACGGAGUCGAGCGGUCCAGCGGCUUCCCAGAGGCCCGGUGAUCUGGAAACUACUCCAGACCAGGGCUCCGUUCUCUACAUGCUGCAACAGAACAAACCUGGGGAUCCGAAGGACACGGCAGAUGGCCAGGAGAGCAUUAGGGCCAAGAUCAAUGCCAUCCAGAACAAGCUGGUUGUGUGUGGUCCUUGCCACAAGGCGCUGCACCAGGCGCUGGACACAAUUGCUGCUUCCCAGAACAAACUAGGCGAGGAGUUCGCUACCUUCUACCUUCCCAACUGCGAUAAGCAUGGCUUCUACAAGGCAAAACAGUGCGAGUCCUCCCUGGAGGGCCGGGAAGCACGGUGCUGGUGCGUGUCCUCCUGGAAUGGCCAGAGGAUUGCAGGGACCAAAGACCUGCUGGAGGACACCGACUGCCAGCUGGAUCUGUCCUGAGGCCAAAUUGAUGUGAACACAUGCACUCGUACCCACGCCCAGGGCUUCAGUUUUAUUUAUUUAACUCUUAAAUCAGUGCACAAGUUGAUUUCUUAAUGUGGACUUUUUCUGAAAUGUAAGCUAAUCAUAUGGUUUUUAUUUAUUUACAAUGCACACUUUCACAGUUCCAUAUUUUAAAUGUUGGUGAAAUGUAUUAUAGCUUAUUGUAACUUGGUGUCUGUUCUGACCAAGCAACUCCACCAUAGGGCCUGGCCCUUGACCACACACAGGUCACAGAUGACCUCACUGGCGUUUAUUGUCAAUCCAUGCUAGCAGUGUUGCUGGGGAAAUGUUGCCAUAUAACAUACCUCACUCUGACUUUGUCAAACAGGUAUGACCUUUUAUCUACCUCUGACCAGCGUUUCAGCUGACUUCUUUCAUGGGUUAAAUGCCUGUAUGAACCUAGCUACUUAGCGAGGACCUCUUUAGUUCAAAGCUAAAACUUCAGGAUUGUUCAGUUGCUGCUAUUUUUGCCUAAAUGGCAAGUCAGUUGUUCAUUCUUGCCACUGUGAUACUCUAUUAAAAUGAACAUUUUAACCUCAA